CUGUUGUGUGUUUGUGUCUCUGUAUUCAAGCAGUAAAAUGGCAGAAGCCAGAAUUUUUCAGGAUGAGUUUUUGUGCCCAGUAUGUCAGAAUCUUCUGAAGGAUCCAGUAACAAUUCCAUGUGGACACAGUUACUGUAAGAGCUGUAUUACAGUCUGCUGGGAUCAGGAGGAUCAGAUGAGAGUCUACAGCUGCCCUCAGUGCAGACAGACCUUCAGUCCAAGACCUGCUUUAGCUAGAAACACCAUGCUGGCUGAAAUGGUGGAUAAGCUGAAGAAGAGGAAACGUCCUGCUGACUGUGAUGCUGGAGCUGAAGAUGUGCAGUGUGACGUCUGUCCUGGAAGAAAAUACAAAGCGUUCAAGUCCUGUCUGAUGUGUCUGAACUCUUACUGUCAGAAUCACCUCGAACAACAUGAGAGUUGGUUUAAAGGAAAAAGACACAGUUUGACUGAUUCCACUGGACGACUGCAGGAGAUGAUCUGCCAGAAACAUGAGAAGAUCCUUGAGGUUUUCUGCCGCACUGACCAGAAAUGUAUAUGUAUGCUGUGUACGAUAGAUGGACAUAAAAACCACGACACUGUAUCAGCUGCAGCACAGAGGACAGAGAAACAGAAGCAGCUGAAGGAGACGCAGAAGACGUUCCAGCAGAGAAAGAAAGAUCUUCAGCAGCUGAGAGAGGCUGUGGAGUCUCAGAAGCGCUCUGCACAGACAGCAGUGGAGGACAGUGAGAGGAUCUUAACUAAAAUCAGAGAUCAGCAAAAAACUGCAGUGAGUCGAGCUGAAGGACGACUGGAGCGACUGGAGCAGGAGAUCAAUGAUCUGAGGAGGAGAGACGCUGAGCUGGAGCAGCUUUCACACACACAGGAUCACAUCCAGUUCCUGCAGAGUUUCCAGUCUCUCUCAGCACCUCCUGAAUCUACAGACGUAAAUGAUGAUCUCUUCAGUUCUCUCGUCUCUUCUGAUGAUCUGAGAGAAUCUGUCCAUCAGCUGAGAGACAAACUGGAGGAUUUCUACAAAGAGGAUUUCAAGAAGAUCUCAGACAGAGCCACAGUCACCGACAUUGUUCCCAGGACCAGGAACGACUUCCUACGAUAUUCCCAUCAGCUCACUCUGGAUCUGAACACACCACAUAAAUACCUCCGUCUGUCUGAGAACAACAGAGUGAUUGUUGUUGCUUCCAGAGAUCAGUUGUAUCCUGAUCAUCCAGACAGAUUUGAUGUGUAUCAUCAGGUGUUGUGUAGAGAGAGUGUGUGUGGACGCUGUUACUGGGAGCUGGAGUGGAGAGGAGAUAAUGGUGUGCGUAUAUCAGUGUCAUAUAAGAGCAUCAGCAGGAAGGGACGGGGUGAGUGUAAGUUUGGAUCUAACGAUCAGUCCUGGUGUUUGUUCUGCUCUCCCUCCAAAUACACAUUCUGGCACAAUAAGAUUGAGACUGCUGUCUCUGUAGAGUCCAUCAGCAGUAGAAUAGGAGUGUUUGUGGAUCACGGUGCAGGAACUCUGUCCUUCUACAGCGUCUCUGACACAAUGAGCCUCAUCCACACAGUCCAGACCACAUUCACUCAGCCGCUCUAUCCUGGGUUUAAUGUUCAUAAAGGAUCAUCAGUGAAACUGUGUUGAUGAAUCAGAAUAGACUGAUGAGAUAUUCUACCCAUAAUACUUGAGCUGCAUGAUAAAUCAGAAACAUUGAGCUGUUAUGAAUGAAUGAAUAUCUUUAUUGUCGUUGUUCCAUUACAAUGAAAUUGAAUGCAAUCCUUUAGGUGCAUAGUGUAACAAAAUUUAAAAAAAUAAAUAAAUCUAAUAAAUAGCCAACAAAUCACAGAAUCAGAAACACAACAUUACACAAAGAACAAGAUUCAACAGUUGGUUACACAAUUCAUUUUCAACAGUACACAAGAUGUUCAGUUAAGUUAUUGCUGUAUUCAAAACCAAAUAGUUUAAAGGGAACCUAUUAUGCAAAAUCCACUUUUACAUGGUGUUUGGAUAUAAAUUUGUGUUGGCAGCAAUGUUGGGGGUAAUGCAUUACAAGUAACGAGAGUUACAUAAUCAGAUUACUUUUUUUCAAGUAACUAGUAAAGUAACGCAUUACUUUUUAAUUUACAAGAAAAUAUCUGUUACUUUUUCAAAAAUGUGAUGCAAACCUGCAAUAAUUAAAUGUUAAAUAACACAAAUGUAUCUAAUCCCAUUUUGUUAACCAAUGUCUUUGCUGCUGACCUUUGAUGAUCCAGUUCAACCAUACUAAUAAGAAAAAAUUACUUUAGAUUAACUAACAAUUGUGCUUCAUUGUUUUUUUGUUUUGUUUUUUUUAUUGCUGAAGAGUGUUGAACCUUUUUCUCCUGCAUUCUACUGUACAGAUGUGAAUUUACUUUUCCUUCAGCCUGAGGUUUAUUCAUUACACUUUUUUGUGUGAAAGAGCUUUUACAUUUGCUAUAAAUAGAACUUAUUAUAUUAAAAACAAUCAAGCCCUGCUCAUAUUUAAAAAUUAACGCGAAAGUAACGUAACGCAUUACUUUCCAUAAAAAGUAACUAAGUAAUGUAAUUAGUUACUUUUUUAGGGAGUAAUGCACUAUUGUAAUGCAUUACAUUUCAAAUUAACACUGGUUGGCGAUGAUAAAAAUGCAAUGAUAAAAAUCUAACCACUCCUCAUAUUUAAACCCCUUUAAACCAAGUCAGUCUCACUAGGCCUGCUGUUUUGAUCCUCACACAUGUGACGUCACAGUGCAUAGGGCCGGGCCACCGUGGUUUUGAUUGAUUUGAUUGACAGACCUGCAUUGCUAUGGUUUCUGCCCUCAGCGGUUGUACACUGUCCUCUAAUUUUCUCUGCACUCGAGCAGCCUAAGUCAACAAAGUCUCAUAAGCAAUCCCAAUGCUCUGUGUUUGGAUGUAAGACUGAAAGUAAGAGUCUUCAUUUUCUCCCAACAUCUGAGUUGCAGAGGAUGC